AUGGAGCUUUGGAUCAACUACACUUCCCUCCUCAUCUUGUUUUGCUUCCUAUUCUUGAUACUAAACAUAUUCAAGAGAUCAAAUACCAAGAAACCCACCAAAAAUUUUCCACCAGGACCAAGAAAAUUACCUCUUAUAGGGAACAUACAUCAGUUUGGUGGUUCCCUACCCCAUCACACACUAAGAGACAUGGCAAACAAAUAUGGACCCUUGAUGCACCUCCAACUUGGAGAGUUAUCAAAUGUUGUAGUUUCUUCACCAGAAAUAGCUGAAGAGAUUUUGAAAACACAUGAUGUCAUCUUUUCAAACAGGCCUUUUCUUCUAUCUGCCAAAAUUAUUUCUUAUGAUUCAACAAACAUUGCCUAUUCUCCUUAUGGAGCUUAUUGGAGGCAACUAAGAAAAAUUUGUACCAUAGAGCUAUUAAGUGCUAAAAGAGUUCAAUCAUUCAGUUACAUAAGGAAAGAAGAGGUGUCAGCACUUAUCGGAACAAUCUCAGCAAAUGAGGGAUCGGUUAUCAAUCUUAGCAAAGAAAUUUUCUUAUUGACAAAUGCCAUAACAGCUAGAAGUAUUAUUGGUAAAAAGUGCAAAGACCAAGAAUCAUUCAUAUCAAGUAUAGAAGCAGUAUUAAAGCUAGCAGGAGGUUUCUCUGUUGCUGAUCUCUAUCCUUCAAUCAAAGUGCUUCCAUAUAUUACUAGGAUUAGAGCUAAAUUAGAAAGGCUAAGGGAUGAGAUUGAUAGGAUACUGGACAACAUCGUCAAGGAACACAUAGAAAACCAAAGGAGCCAUUAUGAAUCAGAGGAGGAUCUAGUUGAUGUUCUACUAUCAAUUCAAAAGCAAAAUGACCUUGGAUUGCACUUGACUGAUGACAAUGUCAGAGCUGUUCUUCUGGAUAUGUUCAUUGGUGGGAGUGAGACAUCAUCAACAGCUGUAGAGUGGGCUAUGUCAGAACUUAUGAAGAAUCCAAAGGUUAUGCAAGAGGCACAAGCUGAAGUAAGAAGGGUAUGUGGUGCCAAAGGAGAUGUUGAUGAGGCAGACACUCAUCAACUAAAAUAUCUAAAUUCAGUCAUCAAAGAAACCUUGAGGCUGCACCCACCUCUUUCACUGUUGAUUCCAAGAGAAACUAGUGAGAGUUGUGUGAUCAUGGGGUAUCAAAUACCUGCUAAGACCAAGGUCAUUGUCAACUUUUGGGCAAUUGGAAGAGACCCCAAGCAUUGGAUUGAGGCUGAAAAAUUCAAACCUGAGAGAUUUCUUGAUAGCCCAAUUGAUUACAAAGGCACAGAUUUUAAAUACAUACCGUUUGGUGCUGGAAGGAGGAUAUGCCCAGGAAUGACAUUUGCCAUGCCAAAUGUUGAGAUACCACUUGCUAAAAUGCUUUAUCAUUUUGAUUGGAAACUUCCCAAUGGAAUGAACCAUGAAGAAUUUGAUAUGACAGAGUCCUUUGGUGCAACUGUGAGAAGAAAAGCUGAGCUCUACUUGGUUCCUCUUCGUUAUCAUCAUCCUUAG